GUGCCAUCCUGAGCAGCCGUUCAAGCCGACCACAUUUCACUCUCUCAUUUCUUCAAUUUUCUCUCACAACAAAAAAAAGAAAAAUUGGAAUUUUUGAUCUCUAAUUCCUCUUCUUCUUCUCCCUUAUAAUGGCUACUCCGAGUUGAAAGGGUUUUUUGUUUCUUUUUUGGAAUUUUUUCCGGUGAUUAGCGUCGUCGGUGAUGCUCGGCGUACUGUGUGCACGUCCCAAGCCGUGGCUGUUAGCGUCGCUGUUCUCGUUCCAUGCGCACGGCUUGACGGCGGCGGCGCACCAUCGGCUGGCGGCGAGUCCAAUCCGAUCGGUCUUGGUGGCGGAGGGGGACGAUCAGCGGCGGCUGCACCACUCCACGAGUUGCAGAUUCGGCGGCGGCGCCGAGCGCGAAGGUGGCGCCGCGUCGAUAUGGCACGCGAUUCUCCCCGCCCGCGGCCGGAAGAGUAUGUCGAGUAGUAGGGCGGCGGUGUUCCACCGCCACAAUUGCGAGCUGACGAAGAAGGGCGGCGAGGGGUCUUGGAAUGCGGCGUGGGACGCCAGGCCGGCUCGGUGGCUCCACAACGCUGACUCCGCUUGGCUCCUCUUCGGCGUCUGCCCCUGCUUGGCCGCGCCGCCCCUCUUCGAUCUCUCCGAGGUUAACUCCGACGCCGCGGGAGCGGAGGACCAAGUCGACAUUCUAUCCUCAGAUUCAUCCCUCCAUAGCCCUCCUCCCAAUUACAGAGUCACAGGAGUUCCAGCGGAUGGGAGAUGUUUGUUUAGAGCCAUAGCACACGUUGAUUGCUUGAGGAAUGGGGGAGAGGCUCCUAAUGAGAAUCGCCAGAGAGAAUUGGCUGAUGAAUUAAGAGCUAAGGUUGUUGAUGAGUUGCUGCAAAGGCGAGAAGAAGCAGAAUGGUUUAUUGAAGGAGACUUUGAUGCAUACGUAAAAACGAUUGAGAAACCCUAUGUAUGGGGCGGAGAACCAGAGCUGCUAAUGGCUUCUCAUGUACUCCAGACACCAAUUUCAGUGUUCAUGAUACAUAUAAGUUCGGGUAGCUUGAUAAAUAUUUCAAAUUAUGGUGAAGAGUAUCAGAAGGAUGGAGAAAGUCCCAUCAAUGUUCUGUUUCAUGGCUAUGGUCAUUAUGACAUAGUGGAGACUAAUAUUUUGGAAGAAUAAUUGCAAUCAAACAUUUUAUUUGCCCCUUCAUUAAAUGAUCAUUUUUUAAAGAGUUAGGUUUUUUGAAAAUUUUUAGAUUUGGUUCUUUUUUGAAUUCUUACUUCAAAAACAAAUUAGAACUUGAGUGGUUCUUCCUAUAAUGUUUUGUCAAUAAAGCACCAUUCUAAAAGCUUUAUGGUUUUUGUAAUUAAGAAUGUGUUUUUGGAUGGGAAGAAAAUGAAAGUCUUAUUGAAGAUUUAAAUGGAGACUUUAGAAUAUUAGAAGAUUGAUUAUUGUAUGGGAUAGUUUCAUAUGGCAAUAAACUAAUCAUUUUAUGGAA